AUGAAGUUUGCUGUUUGGGAUAAUGAAGAUUCCCUUAUCAUGACUUGGUUAUGGAACUCGAUGACUCCUGAAGUGGGUCGUCACUGUAUGUUUUUGUCUUCUGCUCAGGAGAUUUGGGACACUGUUCGUUCAACUUAUUCCUUGAAACAGGAUAUGGCUGCGCGCUAUGAAUUGCGCAAUAAAAUAUUUUCUAUGAAACAAGACUCCUCAUUAGUGACUGCUUACUAUGGUACUUUGAAGGAGUUGCGGAUUGAACUUGAUCAAUUUCAGAGUUUGAAGAUGCAAUGUACUGCAGAUGCUACUACUUUAGCCAAGGAGGUGGAAAAUGAACGUAUUUUUGAUUUUCUUGCUGGUUUGAAUCCCGAGUAUGAUCCUAUUCGGGUUCAGAUACUUGGCAAAGAGACUUUUCCAUCUCUUUCUGCUGUUUUCAAUACUGUUCGGGGGGAGGAAAGUCGUCGGGGAGUUAUGAUGAACUCUGAUAAAUCUACCAUGCUGUCAUCACAUGAUGGCGCUGCCUCUAAACCCACUGAUGGGUCUGUUAUGAUUUCUACAAAAAAGAAUGUCUCUUCUCAAGGGAAUUCUUUUACAAAAUUUUCUGAUGGUGCAUCUUCUAGACCCAAGAAAGAUGAUCGCUGGUGUUCUUACUGUAGAAGAACCGGUCAUAUCAAGGACCUAUGCUUUCGUCUCCAUGGAAAGCAAAAAGUCUUAGAAAAGAUGGCAAGGAUGAGUGGUCAAACCCAACCUGUAUUUCGUCAAGAUGAGUUGGAACGACUCUGGACCAUAUUUGAUUCUCUGAGUAAGCCAUCUGGUACUAGUGAUUUGGCUAUGACUGGAUCUCGCCACGAGGAAGACGAUCCGGGGUGCUAA